AUGUCGCCCAGCACUGAGGCCCCGGCAGAAGUGCCACGAAACGCCGCCAACACGCCCCCCAGACGGCCACAGACCCCCGCCGGGUUUCCGCGCGGCUCGCUCCUCAACAUCUGGGUGCUCUCGCUUUUCUUGAAGGGCCUCCUUGUCGUCGGCUACCACUCCACGGAUUUCGACGUGCACCGGAACUGGCUCGCCAUCACCAACAAGCUCCCAAUGGCGCAGUGGUACACGGAGAACACCAGCCAAUGGACGCUCGACUACCCGCCCUUCUUCGCGUACUUCGAGUGCGCGCUCUCGCAGCUCGUGCCGCCGGUGGUGGCUGCCGAUGGGUGCCUCGAUAUCGUCGAGGUGGGCCAGUACGGCCUUCCGACUGUGUAUUUCCAGCGGGCCUCGGUGAUGGCCACCGAGGCCGUGUUGUUCUUGGCGCUCCAGUGGUACGUGCGCACGGCGGCGCCGGCGGAACAGGCCCGUGCGUUUGCCGUGGCCCUGAGCCUCAUUCUAUCGCCCGGGCUUGUUCUCAUUGACCACAUGCAUUUCCAGUACAACGGCAUGAUGUACGGGCUCCUUGUGCUCAUGAUCAACUGCGCCCGGCUCGAGAAGCACGUGCUCUGCGGGCUCUGUUUCGCCGUGCUCCUCUGCUUCAAGCACAUCUAUCUUUACUUGGCGCCGGCCGUGUUCAUCUAUCUUCUCCGCGCGUACACGCUAAACCUCCGCUACGACACCAAGAGGAGCGCGCUUGCCAACGGCGUGCGGCUCGUCAAAUGGCGCAAUCUCUUGAAGCUUGGCGCCACGGUGGCGGCGGUGUUUGGCGUGGCGUUUGCGCCCUUCAUCUACCACGGCGUGAUGCCGCAGCUUGUGCUGCGCUUGUUCCCAUUCAGCAGGGGCUUGACCCACGCGUACUGGGCGCCCAACAUCUGGGCGGUGUACUCGUUUUUGGACCGCGUGCUUCUCCAGGCGUACCGGCAGAUUCCCCUUGCGCAGGUGCCGCUCCAAAAGCUCUUGAAACUCGACGCCCGGCUCCUCGACGCCUCGGCGGUGCUCAAGUCCGGCACGCGCGGCCUUGUGGGCGACGUGGAGUUCGUGGUGCUCCCGGAAAUCACGCCCAAGCUCACGUUUAUGCUCACGUUGUUCUACCAGGUCAUGGCGCUCAUUCCGCUCUUCAUCCAGCCGACGUACGAGCGCUUUCUAGGUGCGUUGACGCUCUGCGCAUACGCGUCCUUUCUCUUUGGCUGGCACGUGCACGAAAAGGCGAUCUUGUUGGUGAUCUUCCCGCUCUCGUUCCUCAUGACCAGGGACAAGCGGCUCUUGAGCUUGUUCAACCUCGUGGCUGCGUGCGGGUACGUGUCGCUUUUCCCGCUCAUCUUCACCUGCGAGGAGUGGCUCGUCAAGGUGGUGUUCACCACGUUGUGGUACUUGAUCUACUACUUCGUGUUCCGCAAAGUGGUGCGGAUCCCCACGCACAAGAACUCGCACCAGGCGUACUCGAGCUACUUGCUGUUGGACCGCGUGUCGUCGUUGUACAUCUUGGGGCUCAUCCCCGUGACGGGCUUCGUGACGUUGAUCGAUGUCUUUGAGCUGAAGUUGGAGGUCUUGGAGAAAAUGGCCUUUUUGAAACUCAUGAUCGUGAGCGUGUACUGCGCCGCCGGCAUCAUCAGCUCCUGGAACGGCUUCAACUGGCUCUACUUUGUCGACGAAAGCAUCUGGGACACGGACACCUGA